ACCCCUGAAAAAUCCGAUUUUUAUCCGGAGGGAGAGCGGAAGCUUCCGUCUUUCCUGAGCUUUCACGAUCACCGCUGCGACUCCGUCUCGUCGAUCCAUGACGAAGCAGAAUGUCAUGCCGGCGGAGGCCGUGGCGGCCACCUCCAUGUUCCCGUACCCGACACCCCGCGCCGGAAGCCGGGUGAAGUACCUCUCGCAAAUCGAGCUCGGCGAUUGCGUGAUCAAGUCGUGGAUGGAGUCCAUGAAGGCCUCUUCCCCUACUCACGCCAAGGCGGCCGUCGCCUUGGCGCCUCCCGAGGAAACCGACGUCGACGACGAGCAGUCAGAGUGGGUGAUGCGGCAUCCCUCGGCGUUAAGCAUGUUCGAGCAGAUCGUGAGAGACUCCAAAGGGAAGCGGAUCGUCAUGUUUUUGGAUUACGACGGGACGCUCUCGCCCAUCGUCGACGAUCCUGACUCCGCCUUCAUGUCGACGGCGAUGAGAGAAGCAGUCAAGAACGUUGCUAUGUACUUCCCCACUGCCAUCGUUAGCGGGCGACGCCUCGACAAGGUGAUUAACUUCGUGAAGCUUAGCGGACUAUACUAUGCUGGCAGCCACGGCAUGGACAUCAAAGGCCCCGCAAAGGCCAGCCACACCAAGUCCAGGGCUACCAAGCCCGUCCUCUUUCAACCAGCAUGCGAAUUCCUCCCAAUGAUAGAUGCGAUAUACAGAGCAUUGCUGGAGAGAACCAAGUCCACUGCCGGCGCCAGGGUGGAGAACAACAAGUUCUGCGUAUCUGUCCACUUCAGAUGCGUGGAUGAAAAGGGAUGGAGUGCAUUAUUCGAGCAAGUGAGGUCUGUGUUGAAGGACUACCCCAAACUGCGGCUCACUCAAGGAAGAAAGGUGUUAGAGAUUCGUCCCACUAUUAAGUGGGACAAGGGGAAGGCAUUAGAGUUCUUAUUGGAAUCACUUGGAUACGCCGACCGCAAGAAUGUAAUGCCAGUUUACAUCGGCGAUGAUCGCACCGAUGAAGAUGCAUUCAAGGUUUUGAAGGACAGAGGACAAGGUUUUGGAAUCCUGGUUUCAAAGUUCCCCAAGGAGACAGAUGCCACUUAUUCCCUCCAAGAACCAUCUGAGGUUAAGGACUUCUUGGUGCGGCUCGUCGAGUGGAAGCGCACGUCGAUGAAGGCUCGUUUUUGUAAUUAGGAUUAGAAGACGCCUAUGAAAGCUUAUGAGAUUGAAUUACUGUCUGUGUAAUCACUCGGGAAACUGAGCACUCCUCUUAAAGAGGUAGAACCUUGUAAAUAAUGGGCAUUCAAGAAAGAAGGAAUAA